AUGAGGGAUAAUAGUAAUUCAUUUCAGCGACCAAUGUUGACGUCCUUGGAGCUGGUCUCCUCAACGCCAACUAGACGGUCCCUUGAGCGAUUUAAUCUGCGAACUGGUGCUAGUCAAUUGCCGCAUCUUCCUCGCCUCUCUUCAAUGGCAACAUUUGACGAACUUGAAAGAGAGGUUGCAUUGAACGGUGACGGUUACUGCGAUGGCGGUGAUAGCAGUGCAGGAGAUGCCGGAUCGUCAUCUGCUGUGGAAUCUUAUGUGGAGUAUAAUUUUGGAAGUAAUCAUACUAUAGCCUCUAAAGAUUCACUACGACAAGAUGGAAAUGGAAGUACGACAGCCCUCAGUACCAGCAAUCAAGUUGGAAACAAUGGUAGCCACGACUCAGAGAGCAAAAAGGACGGCAAUACCAAUACCAAUACUAAUACUAAUGAUAAUGAUAAUGAUAAUUCAGAGAAUACCAUAACUUUGUCAGACACAAAAGUUACUGACCUCAAGAAUCAAGAUGAUGAUGAUUUCUUCAACACCAAGUCAGAUCUGGCAUGGAAAGAGAUGAAGACGAUUUCGGAUCUUGAUUUUUACGAUGACAGGGGCCAACUAAAACAUGAUGCAAAAUCGGGGAAAGAGUUUAUGCAAGGCGAUAAUUAUCAUUUUGGCUACACCAAGAUUGACACCGAGGAGCAAGUCAACAAAUAUGCUGCAUUGGAUAAAAAGACAGAUUUUUUAUUUGCUUCAAAAUCUGAAAAUGUGAAAAAACGUCAAACUGAUCCAGCAGUUCUUUUUGACGCUGAUGAUUCGGAUUCAGACUAUGACAAUGAUGAAGAAUUGGACUCUGCAGAGACGUUGGCAGAUACAAAGAAGAUGUUGACCGACUCACAGAAAUUUGCUUAUGUUGGAUUAGCAAAGUUGAUUACCGUGAAUAUGGCAACCCAACUAGCCAAAGUGCAAUUUGGUACAGAUGGGAAAGUUGCUAAGCAGUUGAGUUUGGGCCAGAAAAAUUUUUCGAAUUGGACUCUUUAUGUCUUGUCAAAGUUAUACGAGCAUCUUAGCGUUGCAGGAGAAGAAAAAACGAUGAUUGAGAACUUAAGCAAGCAUGGUGUUGAGAUUACUGAUUUAACCAGUAGCUUGAGAGAAGUUGAGUUGAAACAUGUAAAGAAAAAGACUCCGUUUGCUAACAGCCGGGACUUUGAUCUCCGAUGGGUUAUCAUCUGUGACAUGCUAUUGCUCUUACUAAGCGAUGGUUAUUAUGAUGCGCGUUCAAGGACAUUACUCAUAAACUUUGCUCAAGCUAUAGAGAUUCCAAAUUUGGAAGUGCUUCAAUUUGAAAGGAGAAUGAUGGAAUGUUUGGAUAUGGAAACAAAAGAAAAGUCAAUCGAGAACAAAGACGAGUCAUUAAAUGAUCAGUCGUUUGUUCAGCAGCAGAUUAGGAAAAACAAAAACAAGCGACUUGUUAUGAUUGGUCUUGCUACAUUAGGCGGUGGCCUUGCAAUUGGGCUAUCUGCUGGUCUUUUAGCUCCUGUUAUUGGAGCCGGUAUCGCUGCUGGGCUAACAACGGUUGGUAUUACUGGUACUAGUGGUUUUUUAGCCGGUGUGGGAGGAAGCGCGCUAAUUACCACUGGUGGGAUUGCUAUUGGAGCAAAAGUAGGUAAUAAAGCAGGUGCGAGAAGAACAGGUGAUGUUCAAACGUUUGAGUUUAAACCAUUGCAUAACAACAAGAGGACCAAUUUGAUUGUUACUGUGAGUGGAUGGAUGAAUGGUGAGAUGGAUGAUGUUCGACUCCCAUUUUCAACGGUGGACCCUGUGAUGGGGGAUAUGUUUUCCCUAUUGUGGGAACCGGAGAUGUUACAAUCUAUGGGCCAAACAAUUGGAAUAUUGGCAAGCGAAGCAUUGAGUACUUCAAUUCAGCAAAUUCUUGGUGCCACUAUCUUGAGUGCAUUGAUGUCUGCUAUUCAGUUGCCAAUGGCGCUUUCUAAACUUUCAUAUUUGUUAGAUAACCCAUGGAACGUGUCGUUGGAUAGAGCAUGGAAGGCAGGUAAAAUUUUAGCUGAAACCAUUCUUUCAGGAAACUUGGGCGUUAGACCAAUAACACUUGUUGGAUUUUCAUUAGGCGCACGGUUGAUUUACUCCUGCUUGAUUGAAGUUGCCAAACGAGGUGGCUAUGGUUUGAUUGAAAAUGUCAUUCUCUUAGGCUCACCAAUAUCGAUUAAUAUUGACCAAUUAGCGCUAGCUCGUUCAGUAGUCAGUGGAAGAUUUAUCAAUGGUUAUUCCAAAAAGGAUUGGAUCUUAGGUUAUCUUUUUAGAGCUACUGGGGGUGGAAUUCUGACCGUUGCGGGAUUAUCGGCUUUGAAAAACGUUGAAGGCGUUGAAAAUUUCGAUUGUACCGAGUAUGUCGAGGGUCACAUGUCCUAUAGAAAAGCAAUCCCUAAAAUUUUGAAAAAUCUUGACUGGGAGGUGUUGAGCGAGGAGUUUGCUGAGAUUGAGGAGCCAGACCCCGAGGAAGGAGAGCGUCAACGACAGUUGAUUAAUGAAUUUGAUGAAGCAAGAGAAAAGAUUGAAAAAGAAGAGAAAGAAGGAGGCGGCGAGAGUACACAAAAGGGUUGGAAACUGUGGUUUAAACCGAAGAAGAAGGACUGGUGGGACAUUUACGGUGGUGGAAAUACUAGUGCAAAUGGUCAAUCAAAGGUUAAUGUUGAUGACAAGGGUGAUACAAUUGAGGAGUACGAUGAAAAUGCAUCUCCCGAAUUUGACCUUGGUGCUCUUGCCAAAGAGGUGAAUGAGAUAGAACACCAAGCUGGGGAAAAGCAAACAAAGAGUAGCUCAUAG